UGGGCUUAGGGAUCUAUUGUUCCCUGUUUUAUUGCUGCCAGACCUCGUUCUUUCUCAUUAAGGAGCAAAGAGAGAAAGGGAAACGGAGAGGAAGAGGUGAGCGAGAGAAGACCUCAGCCCCGUCCACCCGGGAUUACUUCUUCUUGGACGCACUGGUGUGGACAAAGCAGAAAACACACUGAAGUCCAGCUCUCUACCUCGUGGCCAGGCUUGCUUUUUUCCUGCUGACUGCAUUGGGAACUACUGUAGUUGCCGUGUGGUGGCCAAGGGGCUGGCCAUCCGAGCUAUGGGGACACUGGGGGUCUCGAGUGGGGCACCGCUCCCCUCUCUCUGGAGGUUAGCACUGCUCUUUCUCUCCAUCUGGGAGCUGGAUGCUCAAACCGCAGUGGAAAAUAAACCCCUGUACAUCUGGCAAACAGGUCCAUGGGGUCGUUGUAUGGGCAGUGAGUGUGGUCCUGGAGGCAGCCAGAGCAGGGCGGUAUGGUGCGCCCAUUCUGAAGGCUGGACCACGCUGCACACCAACUGCGAUCAGACGGAGCGACCUGACAACCAGCAGAGCUGCUUCAGAGUGUGCGACUGGCACAAAGAUCUUUAUGACUGGCAGCUGGGUGCCUGGAACCAGUGUGUCCCAGUGUCUAUGCGCAGUGCCGGGGUGCAGCGCCCUGCUGUGUGCACCCGGGGAGAGGAGGGCAUCCAGACCCGCGAGGUGGGAUGUGUCCAGAAAGCGAAUGCUGAGCCCGCAGAGGAUGCAAUCUGUGAAUACUUCGAGCCUAAACCACGCUUAGAGCAGGCCUGUCUAAUCCCCUGUCCUCGGGACUGUGUGGUAUCAGAGUUCAGCCCGUGGACUACCUGUUCAAAAACCUGUGGGAUGGGCUUACAAAACCGGAUCCGCUUCAUUCUGGCUCCGCCACUGUUUGGUGGGGCAGCUUGCCCGAACCUGACUGAGUUUCAGACAUGCCAGCCAGGGCUCUGUGAGGGAGAGGAGAGCCUCUACAGCCUCAGGGUGGGACCUUGGGGGCCCUGCUCUGUACCACUGCCAAGGCAAGCCAGACAAGCUGUCAGACCACCCAGAGAUAGUGACAAACCAUCCAGGGAAAGUGAUCAACUUUCCAAAGAUGUAGAUAAACAGUCCAGAGGGAGUGAAAAACAGUCCAGAGAAGGUGUCAAACAGUCUGAUGAGGGUGACAAACAGUCAAAGGGAAGGGACAAGCAGAGCAGAGUUGGGGACAAACAGCACAAAGGAGGAGACAAAUGGUCUAAAGAGGGUGAUAAACUGCCCGGAGAUGGUGACAAACCAUCCCGACCCAAUAGAAAACUGAGUAGGGCAAACAGGAAACCAGACAGGCCAUCCCGACAGGCAGACAGGCCCAAACGACAGAAAAAGGCUAAGAACAAGGAGAAAAGAGAGAAAAUGAGAAUGAAAGUCAGAGAUCGGUUAAGGGAAAGGGGCAAGCCAAAGGAUCCCGAGACGAGAGAACUCAUCAAGAAGAAGAGGACCAGGAACCGUCAGAACCGCCAGGGAGGAAAGUUCUGGGACCUGCAGGUCGGCUACCAGACCCGAGAGGUGUCUUGUGUGCACAAGAGUGGGACUGUUGAAGCUCUCAGCCUGUGCUCUCAGGAGACAUUGCCGGUGACCUUCCAUGCCUGUGUCAUGACCAAAGACUGUGAUGUGACUGAAUGGUCCGAAUGGUCAGCUUGCUCCAAGGAGUGCUAUGACCCCAACGGGCCCAAGGGUGAACGCACUCGUACCAGAAAAGUGAGCCAGUUUGCAAUCGGUGGAGGAGGAGAUUGCCCAGAGCUGGAGGAGAAGGAGCCCUGCAGCCCCCAGGGAGACGGAGUGCCACCCUGCAUUGUUUACAGCUGGAAGACCACAGAGUGGACGGAGUGCAGGGUGGAUGUGCUGCUGAGCCAACAGGACCGUCGGCGUGGAAACCAGACAGGGUUGUGCGGAGGCGGCAUUCAGACGAGGGAGGUCUACUGUGUCCAAACCAGCACUGAUACGCCGCCCAACCUCAGCUCGCUCAGGAGCAAAGAAGCAUUGCGACCAGUGGACAGUGAUCUGUGUCUGGGCAUCCCACCAAACACCACCCAGCUCUGCCAUAUUAGCUGUCCUGUCGAGUGUGAGGUGUCUUCAUGGAGUGCCUGGGGGCCCUGCACCUAUGAAAACUGUCAAGACCAGGCAGCCAAGAAAGGCUUCAAACUGAGGAAGAGGAAGAUUGUGAACGAGCUAUCGGGCGGGACAGGGAACUGCCCCCACCUGGUGGAGGCCAUACCGUGUGAGGACCCUAGCUGCUUCGACUGGCUGGUCAUUAAACUGGAAGAGUGCAUCCCUGACAAUGAGAAGGAGUGUGGACCGGGAACUCAGAUCCCCGAAGUGCAGUGUAUCAACAGUGACGGUAAAUAUGUGGAGAGGCAGCUCUGCCGUGACGCCAUCCUGCCCAUGCCCGCGAUCUGUGAGGUGCCUUGCCCAAAGGACUGUGUCCUGAGCCCCUGGACGGCCUGGUCUCUCUGCUCCCACACCUGCUCUGGAAAAAACACAGAGGGCAAACAGACCAGAGCUCGCUCCAUCCUCGCCUAUAACGCAGGAGAAGGUGGAAUCCUUUGUCCCAACACCAGUGCCCUGCAAGAGGUGAGGAACUGCAAUGACCACCCCUGCACGGUGUACCACUGGCAAACCGGCCCGUGGGGGCAGUGCAUAGAGGACUCGUCCAUCCCGGUCACCAACUCUUCUGCAAGCAGGACACGUGGGGAUGACGCCUCCUGCUCAGUGGGGAUGCAAACCCGCAAGGUCAUCUGUAUCCGGGUCAAUGUGGGCCAGGUUCCUCCCAAAAAGUGUCCAGAGAGUCUGCGCCCAGACACCGUCAGGCCCUGCCUACUGCCGUGCAAGAGGGACUGUAUUGUGACCCCUUACAGCGACUGGAGCCCCUGUCCGUCAACAUGUCGAGCAGGCGGUAAUACUAAGAAGAAACAGCUUAGGAAACGUAUUAUUAUCCAGUUACCAGCCAAUGGGGGACAGGACUGCCCUGAAGUGCUGACGCAGGAGAGAGAGUGUGAGGCUCCAUCUGUCUGUCAUGGAUACCGUUGGAAAACUCACAAGUGGCGGCGGUGUCAGUUAGUUCCAUGGUCAGUUCGUCAGGACAGUCCUGGAGCUGAAGAAACGUGCGGGCCCGGGCUGCAGAUUCGAGCUGUUUCAUGCCGGAAGCAGGAUGGAGGGCAAGCAGACGUCGAAGCUUGUCUCAAGUUUGCCAGCUCCAUGCCGCCUCUCAUUCAGCACUGCCAGCUGCCCUGCCAGGAAGACUGUCAGCUCAGCAGCUGGUCUAGGUUCUCCUCCUGCACUGCCGACUGCGUGGGCGUCAGGGCCCGCAAAAGGAUGCUCGUGGGCAAGAGCAAAAAGCGUGACCAGUGUAAAAACCACCAGAUGUAUCCUCUGACCGAGACCCAGUACUGCCCGUGUAACAAAUACAAUGCCCAGCCUGUGGGCAACUGGUCGGACUGUAUCCUCCCCGAGGGCGGCCGCAUGGAGGGUCAACUGGGCAUGAAGGUCCAAGGCGACAUCAAGGAGUGUGGCCAAGGAUAUCGUUACCAGGCCAUGGUGUGCUAUGACCAGGACAACCGCAUAGUGGAGACCUCGCGCUGCAACAGUCAUGGAUAUAUCGAGGAGGCCUGCAUCAUCCCUUGUCCAUCUGACUGUAAACUAAGCGAGUGGUCCAACUGGUCUCGCUGCAGCAAGUCCUGCGGCAGUGGCGUGAAAGUUCGCUCCAAGUGGCUGAGAGAAAAGCCCUAUAACGGCGGGAGACCAUGUCCUAAACUGGACCAUGUCAACCAGGCUCAGGUGUAUGAGGUCGUGCCUUGCCUCAGCGACUGUGGACAGUACGUCUGGGUGGCAGAGCCUUGGAGUGUGUGGAAGGUGAGCAACGUGGACCUGAGGGACAACUGUGGCGAAGGUGUUCAGACCAGGAAAGUAAGGUGUAUGCUGAACACAAUAGAUGGACCCUCUGAGCAAGUGGAGGACUACCUGUGUGACCCAGAGGAGAUGCCUCUCGGCGCCCGCAACAGCCGGCUGCCCUGUCCCGAAGACUGCGUGUUAUCAGACUGGGGAGACUGGAGCUCAUGUGCACUGCCGUGCAGUGGGAACAACACCCGGGAGAGGAGUGCUUACCCGCUCCGCCAGCCCGGAGAAGAGAAGGAGUGCCCCCCGACAAAAGAGACGGAGCCCUGCAAACUGAACAGCAACUGUUUCCACUACUCCUACAACAUCACCGAUUGGAGCACCUGUCAGCUGAGCGACAGGGCCGUCUGUGGAAAUGGCAUCAAGACCCGCAUGUUGGACUGCGUGCGCAGCGACAGUAAAUCGGUUGACCUCAAGCUCUGCAAGGAGCUGGGUCUGGAGAGGAAGUGGCAGAUGAACGCCUCCUGUGUGGUGGAGUGCCCCGUCAACUGCCAGCUGUCCGACUGGUCACCGUGGUCCGAGUGCACCCACAGCUGUGGGCUGGCAGGCAAGCUGUGGAGGAGACGAACAGUGACCCAGGCCCCUCAGGGUGAUGGGAGACCUUGUCCGACCCAGAUGGAGCAGUGGAAGCCUUGCCUAGUGAAGCCCUGCUACAGCUGGAGAUACAGCGUCUGGUCGGAGUGCAAGUCCGAGGGGGCGAGGUGUGGAGAAGGCCUGCGCUUCAGGAACGUGUCGUGCUUCGUGUCGGACGGUUCGGGUCUGCAGGAGAGCAGCCUGGUGGACGAAGAGCUGUGCGGCGAUCUGGAGCCUUCGGUGGACGGGGACACGCGCGUUGUUCUGCAGGAACCCUGUACUGUGCCCUGUCCAGGAGAGUGCUACCUGAAGGACUGGACCACGUGGAGUCCGUGCCAGCUAAGCUGUGUGAGUGGGGACGACCUGGGUUUCGGCUCAGUCCAGGUCCGGUCCAGAGCCGUGGUGGCCCAGGAUCCAGAGAACCUGCUGCAGUGUCCAGAGCAGGAGAUGGAGGCACGGCCGUGUACAGACGGCAAGUGUUUUGAGUACCAGUGGGAGACUGGACCGUGGAGAGGCUCGUCCCGCCCAGUCUGGUGUCAGCGCUCAGACGGACUCAAUGUCACAGGUGGAUGCCCGGUGACUGCAAAGCCGAUGGCCGACCGAUCCUGUGACCCGCCCUGCACCAAAUCACGUUCCCUCUGCACGGAGGUGGGCGUGUGCGGCUGUGAAGAAGGCUACACUGAGGUGAUGUCGUCCGACGGCCGGCUGGACCAGUGCACCGUCAUCCCCGUGCUGGAGAUCCCCACCGCGGGUGACAACAGGGCUGACGUCAAGACCAUCCGAGCCUUCAACCCCACCCAGCCCGCAGCCAGCACGCCAAACAGGGUGGGACGCACCUGGUUCCUGCAGCCCUUCGGUCCAGACGGGAAGCUGAAGACCUGGGUGUACGGAGUCGCAGCGGGAGCCUUUGUUCUGCUCGUCUUCAUAAUCUCCAUGACGUACCUAGCAUGCAAAAAGCCAAAGAAGCCACAACGACGGCAGAUGAACAACAGACUGAAGCCGCUGACUCUCGCAUACGACGGCGACGCUGAUAUGUAGAAGUCUUCCUGCCGACCGCACUGACCUAAAGACACUCGUCCUGCCGCAGGGCACACGGGGUUGCUAUGGAAACCCCCUUGAAGUCAGGGCUGCCGCUGGGCAUCGUUCAUUCCAACACAACCCCCCCCCCCCCCCCCCCCAUGACUUUUGACAUAAAGAGAAACCUCAAAGAUCAAGAUACUAAGUCCAUGUCCAUUAGCAGCCUUGAUAUGUCCUGUCUUAUUUCUUCUUCUUCUUUUUUUUUAUUUCCCUUUUGAUACUUUCAGAAGAGCCUUCAUGAAUUCUUUGUCUUCUUUCGGAAGUCUGCCUUUACUUCUCUUGCCAUCUACUUACUGCCAGUAAAAUCCAAACCAUGGCUGCUUGAGAGGGACGAAAAGCUGUAAAAGCACAAAUCGUCUUCUUUUUUUUUGUCUCCUUGUUAGUUUUUUUGUUUUUCGCCCUCAGCUGAGUGGGAUCAGCCGUCGCGUCCUCUGUCCCAUGAGGACCGUUCUGAAUCGUCAGUGUUAUUAUGGCCUGGGUCCAUCUCGCGGGGAAAAAAGAAUGGAAAGAUAAAACCAGAGGGGGGGGGGGGGGGGGAGCGCAAUGAAUCCCAGAGCCGCCGUCACUUCUGCCUGCCUGACCCGUCUCACUUCUUCAGGCAUAAUUUUGCACUAUAUUAGUGCAGCAUGAUACGUUCGUAUGUCUAGCUUCACCAUAGGAAACUGCCUCUCUCAAUACAAGAUGGUGUACAGUCUUGUGCUAGAAAUGUAAAAAAGUUCCAAAAGUAGACUUUUUUUGCAAACAGAACCCACCAAUGUUUGUUCAUAUUUUUCUUCUAUUACCUCUUGUAUGUGAUUACGAUGGGACUCGAUGUAAAUAUUUUCUUUCUUUUUUUCUGGUCUCAACUUUACCUUUCUAGUAUGUACAGCUACGCGUCCCAAACUCUGCCUGAGUUCAUUUACUCCCCGACAAGCGUUUUGGACUGCGAGUUUGACAUUGGGAUUUUUACUUUUUUUGUAAAUUCUGGGUAAAUAUCAGCGUUAUGGAUUCAGACUGCAUGACACGUAGAAACGGCUUCCAUCGUGGAACACUGCAGCUGUGACGGGGAAGGAAGAAAAACGAGUAGACGAGACCUAAACAUGGAAGAUGGGUCAAGAUAAGAUGACACCGGUCUAGUUGUUAUUUUGAUAUUUUGAUGCAGAAAAGCUACAAAUUAUGACAUUCAUAACAGUUUCCUGAUUAGGGAAGUGAUCCACUAAAGUGUUAAUCUUCUGUAGAUGUUUGAUUCUUGAAUGACCUCACACAGGCCUUCGUGCAUUCGGGAUGUCCCGUCCUCGCCGACGGACGUAGUCCUCAAAUCCAGCCUCAUGCUGUCCGCUGCAGGACAACGUCAAACACUUCCUCCCUGUUCACAGCUACAGUAAUAAAAAAACCCCAACUCAUUCAGCUCUGUCUCACAGGCUUUACUCAUCCAUUCGUGUUCAAUCAGACUCGUCUGAACGACCUCGUCACUCGUGUAUCUCAGAGAGCGGAGCAGUUGACUGUAUCACUCCGGAUGACCUCUCCUGUCCCGUGACGGUGUGGAAUCCCACCCGGGAGCUUUUCCAGCGAUGAGAACGCAGUUCAGGAGGAAUCAUCUUGACAUGGGGAUAUGUCGAUGUUAAAAACUGAAACCACACAGUGUUGCCUGACGUCACUGCCUGAUGGAAGCUAACGGUUUAGUCGCCCCAAAGUGAACACUGUAUUGUUUGUUAGUGCUAAGACGUCAUACCAUUGCCAGAGAACGGCUGUUUUAAUAUUCUGUGGAGUUCGUUGCUAGUAAAUUAAUGGAAUGUUUAAUUUAUAUUUCUCGGAAUAUGAGUUGUAAAUAAAGUGCUAAAUAUUUCUUUUCUUUUUUUUUCUAAUUUAUUGUUCAUGUACCAUAAUAAUGUUUCCUUUUUUUACUACACAAGAGGUUGUGCAUACAUGGAGACAGAAAAAAAAAAACUGGAGGUGUGAAUGUGGGUGUGCUAAAAGGGAUAUUGAUAACCUCGUGUCUCCGAUGAACCUGUCCUUUUCCUACCGUUUGUUUAUAUGUAUUUGACUAAUUGCUGAUAAUAAACAAGGGAAAUAUUUCAAA